AUGGUUUCUGGAAAGGCAGCAAAUGCUAGACGCGUCAAGGAAUGGCGCGAGCGUCAGCGAGAAAAUCCCGAGAAACACGAAGAAUAUAAACGAAAAGAAAGGGAAAGAAAUAAGAAAAGACGAGAGAAAGGAUUGAUUCAACCUAUUGGCAAUUUGGGAGAAAGAGACCAAAGGAGUCAGAGGCGAAAGUGGAAAAUUAAUCAACGCAACAAAAGACAAAACGACAAAGAUCUGCAAAAACAGCUGGAAAGUAUUGAGACGCCGCCAAUGUCACCAUCACAAGCAGCAGCUGCUAAUAUAACAGUCCCUUCGGCUCGGGCAGAAACCUUGCAGAGGACAGGGAGAAAGAAAGUUAGGAAAGACCGGGCAAAGGCAUAUCGAGAUAUUUACAAAUUGAAAAUCAAAUUACAAAAGGAACAAAAGCAGAAGUUGAAAUACAAAAAGCGGUAUCAGCGAUUAGCAACCAAGAAAUCAAAAAGUCGCACAUUGAACAAGAAAGUUGAUGAAAUGAUACGGACGAAUGAAACAAAGAAGGCUCUUCUGGUCCACCAAAGUAUAGUGGACAGAAUCAAAAACAGAUAUAUGAAAUCGAAAUCACAAAAAGAAAAACAAAUGAUAUCAAGUUUGAUUUGCUCAUACAGGAUGAUGAGGACGAAUCGUCUUCUUACAUACUUCAGGAAAGUCACAGGGAUUACAAAGCAUUACAAUGGGAAGAGGCCAACGGAGAGACGGAGACCAACAAAACCACUCAGACUGAAAGCUGCAGUUUCUGCAUUUCUUGAGAGGGACGACAAUACCAGGCUGAAAGCGGGGAAGAAAUCGACGAUCACUCGACAAGGUGAGAAGAGGCAAAUACGACUGCUAACUGAUGACCUGAAGCACCUGUAUGCAAAGUUCCUUAAUGAAUACACAGGAAAAAUGUCGUACAGCUUGUUUUGUUUCCUGAGGCCAUUCCACAUCCGGGUACCAACAGCAACCGACAGAGAUACAUGCCAAUGCAAGAUACACGAGAAUAUUAAAUUCAAAGUAGAAAAAUGCAAACAACACGGAGUUCUCUCUACGAAUGAAAUGGAUUCUAUCAUCCAGACCAUUACAUGCGAUCCUAAGAAUAAAGAGUGCAUGUAUAGAGAGUGCCAGACCUGUAAGGAUCAAAGUAUAGAUUUCGACCUGACAAAUGGAGAUGAUCAAGUGUCAUGGUCUGUCUGGAAAUCACAGCGACAUGAAAGAGAGAAGACCACCAACGGGAAAACGACGACUACCACUGUUAGCAUGACGGUGAAAGAGCCGGAUUAUGGGUCCCUCAGAAUUCUUUCAGAAGAACUGCAGAAGGACAUUCAAAAAGUAACAAGACACAUAUUCAAUAUCCGUCACCAGUACCAAUCACUUCGAUUUCUACGAGACAGAAUGAACCAUGAGGAAAUAAUAAUGCACAUAGACUUCAGUGAAAACUAUAACUGCAAAUAUUCGUCUGAAAUCCAGAGCAUGCACUUCGGUGCCUCUCAGCGCCAAAUAUCACUACAUACAGGGGUCGCAUACGUAGCUGAAAAAACGUUUUCAUUUUGUACAGCUUCAGAUUGUCUGAAACAUGGUCCUGCAGCUAUAUGGGCCCAUUUACACCCAGUGAUAUCAAACUUGAAGGAAGAAUCUGGUGCAAAGAGAAUACAUUUCAUAAGUGACGGGCCAACAACUCAGUAUAGAAACAAACACAACAUGUAUUUCUUUUCUCAGAAGAUCUACCAGUAUGGAUUCGAGGGAGGAACUUGGAAUUUCCUAGAAGCUGCGCACGGAAAGGGGGCUGCCGAUGGUGUAGGUGCCGCUGUGAAGAGGCUUGCAGACAGAUCUGUUCUGGUAACUGGCAAGGACAUCAUGAGUGCCUCAGAUAUCAAAGGACUGGCGUCAGAAACCAAAGUGUCCCUGUACACAAUCUCUGAAGAGGAUAUCAGCAAUAUAGAGGCCGACAUUCCCUCCAACAUCAAGCCUAUUCCAAAAACAAUGCAGAUACACCAGUUAGUGACCAAGACUCGUGGUAAUGUCCUUCAUCGAGUACUAUCAUGCUUCUGUGGGGGAGAGUUUUUGGAAUGUAUCUGCUUUACACCAAGUACCACAGUAUUCAACAUAGAGGUAAGUAAAACGUCAAAACAAUUUUUAAGAGCAUUAUUUCAUACGUAG